AUGCGGUUCUCGCGGUGGAUUGAGCAACUGGCUGCUUUCAGCCUGAUCGCCUGCGUUUCAGCUCGCCCGGCAGCUUUUCAUCCUCAGGGCCGGGAGGACAUUACGUUCAGUGUCGCUGUCUCUUAUGCGAGAAAAUCAACCACACCGGAUGCUCUCCUUUUCCAGAUCAAAGCACCUACCACGGUGCGAUGGGUCGCUCUAGGCCAAGGGAACCAAAUGGCAGGCGCCAACAUGUUCCUGGUUUACUCGUCCUCGUCCCCAAGCAACGUCACCGUCUCUCCGCGCUCCGCACCGGGUCAUGCGCCUCCCAAGUUCAAUCCGAACGCUCAAAUUUCACUCCUCUCUGGAUCCGGCAUCCGAGAUGGGUUUAUGACGGCGAAUAUUCGGUGUGAGGCCUGCCUUGUUUUCGGGGGAGGGCUGUGGGACGAGCAAAGUAUCGCCAGCGAGUGGAUUUGGGCCUACACAGUCGGGCGGCCGAUGAGUUCUGACGAUCUCUCGACUGACAUUGACUUUCACGAUGAUUUCGGCGGCGCAGUGAUUGACCUGAGCCGUACGAAAGCUGACUCCUCCGAUAAGGAUCCGUUCCUGAACCCCAUUUGGGACGCAGUGCGAGGAAGCGAGGGUUCUGACAACCCCCCCGCUGCGAUUAUUUCCACAGCCGCAAUUGCUCAUGGCUGUCUGAUGGCGAUUGCAUUCGUUGUUUUGAUGCCAAUAUUCGCCAUGCUAGUACCCAUAUCGACCUUUGUACCCAUCUCCGUGACCCGAGUUCAUGCACCGCUGCAGGGCAUGGCAUUGGUUAUAGCAAUCACUGGCCUUGGAUUAGGAGUCAAACUUUGGACUGGCGCCGGAGCCAGAGCUGCUAUACAUCCCAUCCUCGGUAUCAUUGUCGUUGUCUGUCUCUGCCUCUUGCAGCCCUCAUUUGGGUGGCUUCAACACAAGCACUUUGUGCGCACGGGAGGACGGAGCCCGUUCGCCUCUCUCCAUCGAUGGCUGGGGCGCAUCAUGAUCGCACUUGGAAUAAUCAAUGGAGGGGUCGGGUUGCUCUGGGCGGGAGCUGGUGUGGUGUCGGGGCCGCUUCACACGGGCCUGCGGGUGUACGUGGUACUCGCGGGGAUGGUAUUUCUGGGAUACACCAUAGCGCACGUUGGCAUUUCCGUUCGCACCGGGAGACAAAGGGGUGCAUGCAGCCUCCAUUCGUCUGCCAGCAACGAGGACUUGAUCUGGAGCCAUGAAGGACGUCUCAACGGAGGCGGAGGAGCAUCUGCCAAAUACGGCAGCACAGACUAG